GUUCCCGGCCCCGCGCCCUACCCGGCCCGGCUUUCUGCGGCACCGCUGUGAUUCUAAAUCGGCGCUCGGGUGGGCAGCGGUCUGGGCAGUCGCCCACAGGGAGUGCACUUGGCGCUGCACGCCCGGACUUUUGGUCUUGCUCGAAGCCGAGAAUCUCUGAGAGCUCGGAGGCUACGGAUUCAUUUGGGUGGAGUGAGGUGUUAUUAUUGUGGGAUAUACUCUGCAGAGUUGGCCGGGAGAGUGAGCAGCGGAGGAAGGGAGUGAGCUGGGCUUGGGCAAGUGUCCGCAGGAGUCGGAGGUGCCCCCGGGAGAGGUUGACGAUGUGUCAAACUGUGUAAGGGAAUCGCAUGGAGAUGGGCAUUCCGAACUGUUAAUGGGGACAUGGGACUCCAGUUGUCUCUGAUCACUUGUGUGGAUUUUCCCGGUGUAGAACGACAGAAGCCGCUAGUAAGUUGCCAAGACCUACAGCAGGAAUUCUGCACGAAAGGGCAUCACACCUUGUUAUUUUAACUUGCGUCUGGGAGAAUGUCUGAGCCAGGAGACCUGAAUCAGGCAGCAGUGGAGGAGGGCGGGACUGAACAGGAGUCUGCCACCCCGGAGAACGGCAUUGUGAAAUCUGAGAGUCUGGAUGAAGAGGAGAAACUGGAACUGCAGAGGCGGCUGGCAGCUCAGAAUCAGGAAAGAAGAAAAUCCAAGUCAGGAGCAGGAAAAGGUAAACUGACUCGCAGUCUUGCUGUCUGUGAAGAAUCCUCAGCCAGGCCAGGAGGUGAAAGUCUUCAGGAUCAGGAAUCAAUUCAUUUACAGCUUUCCAGUUUUCCCAGCCUGCAAGAGGAUGAUAAAUCUAGGAAAGAUGACUCAGAAAGAGAAAAAGAAAAGGAUAAAAACAAAGAUAAAACCUCUGAAAAACCCAAGAUCAGAAUGUUAUCAAAAGAUUGCAGCCAAGAAUACACGGAUUCUACUGGCAUAGACUUACAUGAGUUUCUGAUUAACACAUUAAAGAAUAAUUCCAGGGACAGGAUGAUACUCUUGAAAAUGGAGCAGGAAAUUAUUGAUUUCAUUGGUGACAACAACAAUCAUUAUAAAAAGUUCCCUCAGAUGUCAUCCUAUCAGAGGAUGCUUGUCCAUCGGGUGGCAGCUUACUUUGGGUUGGAUCACAAUGUGGAUCAAACAGGGAAAUCUGUUAUCAUCAACAAGACCAGCAACACAAGAAUACCAGAGCAAAGGUUUUGUGAACAUUUAAAAGAUGAAAAAGGUGAAGAAUCCCAGAAGCGGUUUAUCUUGAAGCGAGAUAACUCUAGUAUUGAUAAAGAAGACAAUCAGCAAAACAGAAUGCAUCCCUUUAGAGAUGACAGACGAAGUAAAUCAAUUGAAGAGAGAGAAGAGGAAUAUCAGAGAGUGAGGGAGAGAAUAUUUGCACACGAUUCAGUUUGCUCCCAGGAAAGCCUUUUUGUGGAAAACAGUAGGCUCUUGGAAGACAGUAACAUAUGCAAUGAGACCUAUAAGAAAAGACAGCUCUUUCGGGGCAACAGAGAUGGCUCAGGGAGAACAUCCGGGAGUCGACAGAGCAGCUCGGAGAAUGAGCUCAAGUGGCCGGACCAUCAGAGGGCCUGGAGCAGCACAGACUCUGACAGCUCCAACCGCAAUCUCAAGCCCGCCAUGACCAAGACGGCAAGUUUUGGGGGCAUCACGGUGCUGACCAGGGGUGACAGCACAUCCAGUUCCAGGAGUACCGGGAAAUUGUCCAAAGCAGGUAGUUCUGAGUCUAACAGCAGCACAGGCUCCUCGGGGUCUCUGCCCCGCACCCACGCACCCCUGCAGGGCGCGCCCCUGGCUACGGGCGUAGCCGCUGGCUCUCCGGGCUGUGUGCCCUAUCCAGAGGGCGGAGCAGGGGGCCAGGCAGCCCCCAGCACCAGCUACAUCCUCCUUCCACUGGAGGCUGCGACAGGCAUCCCGCCCGGAAGCAUCCUCCUCAAUCCGCACACAGGCCAGCCCUUUGUGAAUCCCGACGGAACCCCUGCAAUAUACAACCCCCCCACCAGCCAGCAGCCCCUGCGAGGCUCGAUGAUGGCGCAGUCCCAGCCACCGCCGCAGCAACAGCCUUCUCCUCAGUCACACCAGCCACAUAUGGCCGGCCCACUGGUCACUCAGUCGGUGCAGGGGCUGCAGGCUUCCUCCCAGUCAGUGCAAUACCCAGCGGUCUCUUUUCCUCCCCAGCAUCUCCUGCCAGUGUCUCCAACUCAACAGUUCCCCAUGAGAGACGAUGUGGCGACACAGUUCACCCAGAUGAACCUGAGCCGGCAAUCCUCAGGAGAGACUCCUGAGCCCCCAUCUGGUCCUGUCUACCCGCCGUCCCUCAUGGCACAGCCAACCCAACAGCCAAGCUACGUCAUUGCCUCUACAGGCCAGCAGCUCCCUACGGGGGGGUUCUCAGGCUCUGGACCUCCCAUCUCCCAGCAAGUCCUCCAGGCCCCUGCCUCACCACAGGGCUUUGUGCAACAGCCUCCACCUGCACAAAUGUCCGUGUAUUACUAUCCAUCUGGUCAGUACCCUACCUCAACCACGCAGCCGUACCGGCCCCUGGCCUCCGUUCAGUACAGUGCUCAGAGGGGUCAGCCAACACCACAGGGGGCACAAGCAGGUUACCAGCCAGUCUUGUCUGGCCAACAGGGGUUCCAAGGCCUCAUAGGAGUGCAGCAGGCACCCCAGAGUCAGAGCGUGAUGAGCAACCAACCAGGAGCUCCGGUGCAAAGUGUGAUGGUCUCCUACCCAACAAUGUCUUCUUAUCAGGUGCCAAUGACCCAGGGUUCUCAAGGACUGCCCCAGCAGUCAUACCAACAGCCAAUCAUGCUACCUAACCAGGCAGGUCAAGGGUCACUCUCAGCCACUGGAAUGCCUGUUUACUGUAAUGUCACACCGCCGACCCCUCAGAACAACCUUAGGUUGAUCGGUCCACACUGCCCCUCCAGCACUGUCCCCGUGAUGUCGGCUAGCUGCAGGACAAACUGUGCAACUAUGAGCAACACCGGGUGGCAGAUCAAAUUCUGAGUGCUCUGGCUGUGCUGCAUUUUUGCGACCUUACUCAUGGCCUUUAAGGGAAGAGGAGCGAGGUGGGAGACUGGCUGAGGACUCAAGUAUUCACUCAACACUCAGAUGAUUGCUGCUGGUAUUCUGUAAAAAAACAAACAAAAAACAAAGACUAAUACAAACAUUAGCUGGUUAAUGGUGCAUAUUUCCGUCAUGUCUGCUAGGUAUGCCUUUAUAGCUUAGCUAGUGACAUGAAUUCAUCAAGGUAAGAUUUUCUCCUACCACUGAAUACCACUGUGUAGAUUAUAAUAUCCCUAAUUUGGAUUAUUAGUUUUGUACUUUGUGUUGAGUUUGUGAUGCUAAAAGUAUUUAAAAAUGAUAUACUGAAAUCACAUUGUACCAAAGCUGUAAUGGAAAAGAAAAGAAUUGAUGAAUGGAAGGAAUAAUUUAUAUACACUAUAGAGUUUUCUUUUUUAAUGGAUAUAUACUGUAUUGUAGUGUUUAAUCAAAAUAAAACUAUUUGACCUUAUGGAGGAAGGUCAUGUUUUUA